AUGCGCAGCGUGGUGUUCGCAUUCCUUGCCUUAUUCAAUGGUACGCUUGCACAGAAUUCUAUCUGCCCUACAGUCGAUCUCGGGUAUGUGGUAUAUCUCGGCAACCGGACAUACCCAAAUACGGUGGCAUACCUUGGGAUACCGUAUGCCGAGCCUCCUGUAGGCGAUUUGCGCUUCCGUGCUACUGUCCCUCUGAACACGACACGUGUGGGUGAAGAGGCCAACUUGAACGGGGAGGGAGUGGUCAACGCGACCUAUUACCCCAACUUUUGCAUUCAAGGAACAACGGGUGCUGGGGAUGCAGGAGGAGCAGGCUCGGAGGACUGCUUAAACGUCAACGUCUACUCACCCUACGGUGCCCAAGAAGGCGACAACCUGCCUGUACUGUUCUAUAUCCAUGGCGGAGGUUAUAUCUAUGGAAAUCCACGUAACUGGCCAUUUGAUGGCUGGAUCAAUCAAAGUCCGAAUGUCGUCAUCGUAUCUGUUUAUUACCGUCUUGAUUCUUUCGGCUUCCUCACCACUCCCGAAUUCGCCGACCCUACGUAUGGCGACUUUAACGCGGGGUUCAAGGACCAGAUCCAGGCACUCAAAUGGGUCAAAUCAUAUAUCAGCAAAUUCGGUGGUGACCCGACAAAAGUGACCAUCAACGGUCAGAGUGCCGGUGGUAGCUCCGUGGAGCUUCACAUGAUUGCCAAUGAGGGUGAACAACUUUUUUCUGGCGCUAUUGCGCAGAGCGUCUUCAGGACGCCCCUUCCCACCCCUGAGCAACAGCAGGCAUGGUGUGGAACGGGCUCUGUGGCAGAGCAAAUGACAUGCCUCCGUGGUGCAAGCGUUAGCGCGCUUGCACGAGCACAGGAUGCUGCAGCCCAAGGAAAUUUUUCCGGGUCGUACAAUUUAUUUCGCCCCGUCUUGGACGGCAUGCUGAUUACUGGACACCCUACGUCAAAAUUCCAGCGCGGUGAAUUCGUUCAUGUUCCGCUUAUACGGGACGAACAUCUCUCUGGCACUUCAGGAAUUUUUCCAUCACUGACAGACACCGACAUUCAGGAAUUCUUGCUUUUAUAUCCUGUAGAUGAAUUUGAUUCUCCGAGUCAGCAAUUCCAGGUGGCGACAGGUGAACCUGAACUGAUAUGCGGUCGCCAGGCCAUGGGCGGCCCGUCCUCACAAUAUUCUAAUACUUGGACUUAUCGGUACAACACACCUAACCCGACGAGCGGUUCCGAUGUCGUCUCACAUGCUGCGGAGAACUGGAUGAUGUUUGAUGGCACUAACACCGGUUUUAAUGGCUCUACGACAUUUACACCACAGACGCCCGCCGAACUUGCAUUUGCUUCCGAACUCAUUGCUUACUGGCUUUCCUUCGUGCGCGCCGGCAAUCCGAACACUUACAAGCUGGAAAAGUCUCCGGUGUGGGAGCAGUACAAUGAGUCAAACCCAGUGCGGAUGGUUCUGAUGCAGGAUCCACAAAAUUUGACCACUGUGAGUGGUAGCUAUAUGGAGACACAGCCUGUUGCGGAAGCUACCAGGUGUACAUUUGCAAUUAGCAAGGUGAAAGAAUGCAAACUAGAGUGUGAUGCAUUACCCUCGAUGAUAUUGGCACUGAACUCGCGAGAAGAAUCGGACAGUGCCUAA